CGCCUUCUCCUCCCUGCGGUAUAUGCCAAAGGAAACACAGCCGCAAGAAUCGCAGUGGAGGGAGGAGCUCCGUCGAUUCAAUUGACCGUUAAAAAAGGAGCCGUUACGGAUAGGGAAGCCAUAGCGCAGAAAGAAAAGGGCAGUACUGUCAUUUUAUGCUGCCCUUCUCCUCCUCAUCUCCUCCACGUGCCGCCAUCUCCUACUCCCUUCCACUUCCCGCCCCUUUCCAGCCUCUUCUCGGCCGUCCUCGACCACCGUCCCUAUCUCGACACCUACGGUUUUCUUGGAGCUCGCAAGAAACCCUAGCUGGGAAUUACGCAUCCGAAUGAUCCUCCGAUCGGUGCCCUCCCAAUUCGAUCUCCAAGCCGCGUUGCUCCGUCCCGAGAAUCCUCACCGGUCUCGCCGGAGCCCUCGGAUCCGGGAGGCGGUCCUCCCCCAUAACAAGCCGCGGGGGAGGCGGCGGCGGGUGGAGGUCCGCGUCCGGUCCUCGCUCGAUGGCUUCUUACAGGACCUCGUCGUUGCCUUCCCCUCCCUGACCUCCCUCGACCUCCUCUUCGCCCCUGCGAUCGGAUUUGCCGCUGGUGCCGCUUUUUAUUUCUCUUCUUUAAGGAGGGGAAAGCCGUCUGAUGUGGAUGCCGUGGUUGGAGACUGGGUUCUGUUCACGAGCCCGACGCCGUUCAACCGGAGCGUCCUCCUCCGGUGCCCUUCGGUGUCAUUUGAGGAUGGUGGCGAGCUUUUAGAGGGAGUGAACGAGAGUCUUCUCAGGGACGAGCGGCACUACGUGAAUCUCAGCAGCGGAAAGAUCCCCUUUGCAAGGGACGAGGGAGAAGAGGGGCCUGAGGAGGAGAUAUCCUACCAGAGGGCCUGCGUGGGGACGGAUGAUGGAGGGGUUAUCUCAUUGGAUUGGCCCGAAAAUUUGGACUUGGGGAAGGAGCAUGGGUUGGACACGACAGUGCUCAUCGUGCCAGGGACUGCUGAAGGGAGCAUGGAUAGAUACGUUAGAUCUUUCGUAUCUGAUGCCCUCCAGCAUGGUUAUUUCCCCAUUGUCAUGAAUCCAAGAGGUUGUGCUGGUUCCCCAUUGACUACACCAAGGUUAUUCACAGCUGCUGACAGUGAUGAUGUCUUCACAUCUCUCCAAUUCAUCAGCACAGUAAGACCCUGGACAACUGUGAUGGGUGUUGGUUGGGGUUAUGGUGCAAAUAUGCUGACAAAGUAUCUUGCUGAAGUAGGAGAGUCAACUGUCCUAACUGCUGCUGUUUGUGUAGAUAAUCCAUUUGACUUGGCUGAAGCCACCAGGUCAUUCCCUCAUCAUAUUGCUUUGGACCAAAAGCUCGUGAGUGGGUUGAUAGAUAUUCUGCAAGAUAACAAGGAACUCUUUCAAGGUAAAGCUAAAAGUUUUGAUGUUGGAAAAGCUUUGUCAACAAAAUCUGUUCGUGAUUUUGAUGGAGCUAUAUCAAUUAUUUCUCAUGGGCAUGAUACAAUUGAGGACUUCUAUUCCAAGACCAGUACAAGACAGUCAAUACAGAGUCUUAAGAUUCCUGUUCUUUUUAUACAGAGUGAUGAUGGGACUGUGCCAACUUACUCUAUUCCACGCAGUUCAAUAGCAGAAAAUCCAUUUACAAGCCUGCUUCUUUGUUCUUACUUGCCUUCAUCUUUUAUGGCAACAAGGCAUUCUGCCAUUUUUUGGUGCCAACAUCUUGCUAUUGAGUGGAUAUCAGCAGUGGAGUUUACACUUCUGAAGGGUCGUCCUCUUUUAAAAGAUGCUGAUGUUACCAUCAAUCCUUCAAAAGGUUUGGCAUUUAUUGAUGAGAGAGCACCAGAGCAGAAUAUUUCCAAUGGUGUUGAAGGGAGAUACAAUUCUUCCCCUUUGCAUUUAAGCCAUAAGAUUGUAGAUGGGUAUAUAAAUAGGAAGCUUACCCAGCCAAACUCUGUAAAUGGAUUGCUUGAUGAUCCAGCUAAUAGUGUGCUUAAGCAAACUGAUGCUGCAGCUCAAGGUAAAGUUAAUGGUAAUGUGGAUUCAAGAAGUGAGGUACAGCAGAUAGAGAGUGAAGAUGAUGAUAGAACAAAGCAUAUCAAUGCCAUUGAUUUCCAGAAUAGUAGUGCAGAUACUGAGAUGGAUGAAGAAGAAAACAAAGUUUUACAAACUGCAGCUGUUGUCAUGAAUAUGCUUGAUGUUACAAUGCCUGGCGCUCUUGAUGAUGAACAGAAGGAAAAGGUUCUUUCUGCUGUUGGGCAAGGAGAAAACCUGGUGAGAGCUCUUCAAGGAGCUGUGCCAGAAGAUGUACGUGGAAAGCUCACAACUGCUGUUACUGAAAUUAUGCAAACUCAAGGGAAAAACUUGAAUCUUGAAGGACUCAAUAGGAUUGGUUGGAUUCCUAAUGUUACGUCAAAGGUAAAUUCAAGGAUCCAAGAUACAGUGAAGAUCUCAGUGAAUGAGAAUGGCAAUGAUGAGAACAAUUCAGGUGUGGGUCAUGAGGGGAGGGUGCAAGGUGAUCUAGAACAGUUAAAUUCGGUCAAUAUCAGCAUUUCAGAAAAUGUUGAACCCUCUGAACAGAGAACUUCUCAGUCUCCUGGACUUACUGAUGAUGGAUGUGAACCAAGCCAGGGUAAUAGUAUGGAGAGGGUUGAUCAUGUGAUAGAUGAAACUGGUGGUGAGAAGCACAAGUUCAGUCAAAGACUUGGAAUUGCUGAUAAGCACACUGAAGAUGAUAAUUUUCUUAAUGAUGCAAGUUAUAUCCAUUACAGUGAAGAAAAGAGUACAGACCAUAACAAAGAACAAAAUAUGCCAAUUUCUAUAUCUAAUUCUGAGGAGUCACUUUCAUCAAGUGUGUCAGUAUCAGAUCACCAGGUUGUGCAGAAAGAAUGCUAUGAAUUUCAGAAGAACGAAGACAAAGUUAAUCAGGAAUUGCAUCAAAAUUCACAUAGUUCCACAACAUCAAAUGAAGCUUUACAAUGCUCUUCUAAGCCCCCUUCACUCAGUGUCACUCAAGCAUUAGAUGCCUUGACCGGAUUUGAUGAUUCUACACAGAUGGCAGUUAACAGUGUGUUUGGGGUUUUAGAAAACAUGAUUGACCAGUUAGAGAAAAGUAACAAUGAAGGGGAUGAUGAUGAAGUGAAGAAAAGUAAGGAUGAGAUAUCUCAAAUUCUAUCGCCUGACCUUCCCACCGUCAAUGGAGACGAUUAUAAAAGGACAGAGCAGAGAAGCAAUCGAUCAAGUAAAGUAUCAAAUAUAAAUCUGUCACCUAGGCAUCCUGAUAAUUAUGUAAAUAAGGAAGACAUUCAACCUGAUAACACUGUGGAAGAUAAAUUGGGUUCGAAUUGUAUUGCUAAUAGCCUUGAAUCAUCCACAGAAACUAGGACUGGAGGGUCCGAAUUAAAUACUUUAGGACUUAAUCCCUCAAACAAAAUUGGUAAAGUUGGCCCUUUACAAAAUUAUUCUCUAGACAAAGCUAUUGACCCUUAUUAUUGGGGCUCACCAUAUGAAGCAUAUCUCCAGAGGUAUAUUUCUUCUUGGUUCCCAAGAUCAAAAUCAUCUGAUUUGGAUUCAACUACUGAUUUAUUCCUUGACCCAGAAAAGGGUCAGUGGAAAAUGCUAGAUCAAGCAGGAAGUUUCAGUGGUAACAUAGAAGAAGGCUGGCAAAAUCAGAUUAUCAAUGGAGACACCGAAAAUCAGCAUCAGUCAUCAACGCAAAGUGACACAGAUAGUAUUAUCGAGACAUCAUAUGCGAUUUUAGAUUCAGAACUUCCAGAAAUUGAACAACAAUUAACUGAAACUUUUGAUACUAAGGGUGGUUGGGAUACAAAAGAAGAGGAAAUGCUGUGCUUAAUUAGGAACAAUUUACUUGAUUCUCUGAAGGUUGAAGUUGAUCGUAGAUUGAGCACUUCCAAUUUGAAGGAAUUGGAAGGGGAUCUUGUAGAUGAUAUGAAACAAGUUGCUGAUGCAGUAACUAAAGCAAUCGUUCUAGACAAUCAUUUAGACUUGAAGUCGCUUUCAGAGGAUAGCCACCUAGAAAUGGUAAAUGGUACACUAGAUGGAGAACACACUGUCAAAAUAAUAUCUUCUGCAAUUGAGGAAACCAGAUAUUUGAAGAAGGUCCUUCCACUUGGUUUAAUUGUUGGUUCACUCUUGGCAUCUUUGAGAAAGUACUUCAAGAUUGCUGCUUUACAUUAUGUAGACCAAAACAAAGAUAUUGAGAAACCUGGAAAUAUUCAGGAGAAACAUUCUGAGGAGGAGGUUUACACCAGGAAUGAACAUCUUGAUGAUGAGAAAAUUCAAGUUUACAAUGAUUUAACUGGUGUGGAUAAAAACUCUGCCACUACUAAUUACAGUAAAGAUGUAGUCAUGGUUAGAGCAGUUACCGCCACCUUAGGUGCAACUGCAUUAUUAGCACACCAUCAGCAAAAGGACACUUACAAAAGCAGUCAAGUAAUGGAAGUUCCUUCAAGUGUAACUAACAUAGAAGGGUCUCAAAAUGAGGAGCAGACUAAGUCUGAAGAGGCAACCCAAGAGAAGAAUCCAAUUACUAUUGUGAGCAGUCUAGCUGAGAAAGCAAUGUCUGUUGCUGGACCUGUAGUACCGACCAAGGAUGAUGGGGAAGUGGAUCAGGAGAGACUGGUCGCUGUUCUAGCAGAAUUAGGACAGAAGGGUGGAUUGUUGAGAUUAGUUGGUAAAGUUGCUUUGCUCUGGGGUGGUUUACGUGGUGCUAUGAGCUUGACUGACAGGCUCAUCUCAUUUUUGCAUAUUGCUGAGCGUCCACUGUUUCAGAGGGUUAUUUGGUUCGGCUGCAUGGUUCUUGUCUUAUGGUCUCCAGUGGUGAUUCCCCUACUCCCAACACUAGUACAAAGUUGGACAACGAGGACAUCAAAUAAAAUUGCUGAAUAUGCAUGUGUUUUGGGACUCCAUGUUUCUAGUAUGAUCCUUGUUGUACUUUGGGGUAAAAGAAUACGAGGCUAUGACAAUCCCCUUGAACAAUAUGGACUGGAUCUCACAGAACCCAGGGUCCUUGGUUUUGUUAAAGGUUUGAUUGGAGGAAUGGCAAUCGUCAUGUCUGUACAUUCUAUCAAUGGAUUACUAGGAUAUGCAAGCCUCUCCUGGCCAUCAGGUUCCACUUCGUUGUCUCUGAAAUCAUUCAUCAACAUGCUACUACUAGGUGUUCGAGGGAUUAUUACAGCAACAGGUGCUGCUCUAGCUGAGGAGUUGUUGUUUAGGUCAUGGCUUCUUGAGGAAGUUGCAGUAGAACUCGGAUACUACCGUGCCAUUAUGAUAUCUGGAGUUGCAUUUUCUCUAAUUCACAGGUCCCUACCUUCAAUACCUGGAUUUUUGCUAUUAUCUUUGGCACUUUUUGGAAUUAAGCAGAGAUCAAAUGAUAAAAUCUAUGUCCCAAUUGGAGUACGUUCUGGGAUAAUGAUCACCAAUUUUACCUUGCAAACUGGUGGCUUCAUCAGAUAUGAGUGUGGCACUCCUUCCUGGUUAAUUAAUACUCAUCCUCUGCAUCCAUUUGACGGUGUUGUUGGACUAAGUGUAUGUGUUCUGUUAGCCAUUCUUUUCUUUCCAAGGCAACCUCAGCAAGCGAAAUGUUCAAAGGAUAUUCAAGAACAGAAUGGAUGAACAUGGUAGACAUUUAGAGAGAUUUGCUGUUGGUCACUAGUUGCAUAAAUGCACAAAGCAUGGAAGAAUACAGUAAGGGUGAAAAUCUUGCUACUUUUAUAGAAAUGGAAUAUAAACAAUUGUACAGCAACAAAAGGAUGUUGGUAAUGCUGUAAAGAUGUUAAAAAUGUUGCAACCUCUUCAGAAAUUAUUAGGGCAACAGAAGGGGAAUCAAAAUGAUGAAUGUUUUUACCUCCAUUACUAACAAAUAAGGUCGUGAUGCACCAUAUUUUUUUCAGCUUAACAGUACAGUUUUGUGGAAAGCAGUUCUGUAAGAGAUUGAUGUUAGAUCAUAGACAUACACGAUUGGGAAAGAAUUGCGAAGGUGGUAAGCCUCAGUAAAUCUUGUUCUGUUCUGUCUUCAUCGUUACUUUUUACAUACAAUAACUGCACAAACGUGCUGUACUUUUUUGAAUAGUGAGUCCCUUUACUCUAGAGAAAGAUAUGAUUCAUCAGAUUUGGGAAGACAAAGAUAUAUUAAAAUGGUUUUCCUUUGUGUUUUAAGCUACUAAUAUAAAACAAUUAUUGUAAAGUUGUGAAGUAUAUGUACAGAUUUGAUUACUUGAUAUGUUACAAUAAAAGGUGGCAGAAGUUUCUUUGUGCGCUACUACUAUGGAAAAAAAAGAAAAAAUAGAAGUAAUAGCAUCCAGAAAGUUUUGUUGGUUGAUAUGGUACAAUGAUUUUUGAAUAAUUGAUUCGCCAUGUUGAGAUUGCUUGGAAACAGUAGUCUAAUGAGCUUAGAGAUGUUUACCAGUAUCUCAUCAUUAAUAUGGCAUUCAUACGCACACCGCCAUCAAGGGAGUUAGCUGAAGCUAGAAGAAGCAGCCAAUAGAGAAAGUUCAUUAAGGGUGAGAACUUGCAGUCACACUAUAUGACUUUGUAACUUUCUGCCUUGCCAUCAGUGUAGCAUGGGAGAUUGAUAAGAUGUCUUUCCUUGAAUCUGAGUUGGAACUUAGACUUGUUGAUGCAGGACACAGGAGAUAGGUCUGCAAAACCCUAUAUGGCAGAGGUGGAAUUUCUUAUUUAAAUCGGUGUACAGAAAGUGCAUAUGCCAUGAAGCAGCAGCUAUUACAGGCUGAAGGAGAAUAAUGCAUCAAUCAUCAGUCAGUGAAGCAGAGACGACGCUCGCUUGUAGAUGCACAAGUGGGAUUUAUUAGUGGAAGUCAGUAUAUCUUACUGAAGUUUCUUAAACACUACAAGGCCGCCAUUGUUGCACAAUCUUUUUGAAACUGUUAACUAAAAGCUUAGUUUUAGUUUGAGCUGGAUUUAAUGAAUCAAUGAGCUUUGAUGAUUACAAAGAUCUUGUAUGGGUGUGUCAAUGUCUUUAGAGACUUGGGAGGUAUUGCUGAAGUUGGACAUGUCAUCCUUUCCGGUGUCUCAGGGAGUAGAAGAGGUGGUGAAAUGGUGCACCACCAAUUUGGUCCAAUGAACUGUCUUCACAUGCUGGCCAUUUGAUCCAAUCAGAAGCUGGAUUAGAACUCUCCUUCCUUAGUCAUUGAAUAUGAAAAAUGUUACUCAGUUCGAAAUGGGCUUAAAUCUAUCUCAUUACUCUCACCUAUCUAAAUUCAGAAGUUGAUAGAUUGAGAUCUCCAUUUAUUUUUUUUGUAUGACUGAUGAUAUCGAUGUCUCCUCAUGGAGUUAUCAUUCAUGUGAACAAUGUGAUAUCUGCUAAUUCAUAGAAAUAAAGCCUGUAGUUGACAA